AUGGAGAGGAAGAAGAAGAAGUGGUGCAAUGGAGGUAGAGUCACGACGAUGCAGAUAUGGAAUAUGGGUAGGAGAGGGAGGAAGAAGAGAAGCGCCGUCGUUCAUCCAUCUUCUCGAACCCAACCUUGGCCAUCUUCAGCGGCUCGAACCCAGCCUAACGACGUUCAGCCUCAUCUUCUCGAACCCAGCCUUCGUCGUUCAUCCAUCUCCAUCGUCAUCUUCAUCACUGCCCUUCAUCGCACCCAGAAAACCCUAACCUCCAUCACGCCGCCAUCUAUCUCACUGUCGCCACCCUUCUCGCCAUUCCUCUUGCUGUCCUUCUCGCCGUUCUGGUCGUUGUUCUGCUCGCCUCUCUCUGUCGCGGUUCUGCUCGCUUCUCUGUCGUGGUUCUGCUCACCCAGAAGCUGUGUUAUUAGAACUCCGCACGUGAUCUUGGUGGAGUCUGUAGGUGACCAGAAAAAGGGGCUAAUAAGUGCAAAAGGCCAAAAGGGGCUAUGGUUGUUGUUUGUGUCUGAGAGCGGCUAUGGAAAAUGGGUUCCUUUAAGCAGUUUCCGGAUUCCACCUUUGAAUCAAGUUGGUUUGAUUGGAUAUUCAACCAUCACUCAGUUGUCAACUUCAACAGAUGAUGAGAGCCACAAUCACACACACACAGUUUUAAAGCAAAUGGGAGUGGCAGCCGUCCUCGUUGUCUGCGGUGGAGGUGAAGGCGGAGGGCUCCGGUGCCUUCGCCAUUGCAUUUGGGUUCACCCGUGUUAUUUUGGUGGUGGUGUUGAGGUUAAAGAUAAAGGAGUAUCCUCCUGGUACCUAUGGAAAGUAGAACAGCAAAACCUUUUAUCACAACAAACUUGGUUGUAUUUGCACCUGCAAAUGCUUCACAUGAUUGUGAGGAUAACAAUUUUAUUGCAUGUGGAGAUGCACUAAUUGUUGAUCCAAGAUGUUUAUCAAGAUUCCAUUGAGAGGUAUACUUUCACAUGACUAUUGAACAAUUUAUGUGUAAACAUGCUUUUCUAUUUUUCCUUUGUUUCCUAUUUCUUUUAUGGAUCUGUGGCUUGGAGUAAUAGUUAAUUUCUAUAUUAUCAAAUUUGUUUUACUAAAUCGUAACUUAGGACUCUAUAAUCAUCCGUUAGAGAAAGUUGUUACUACUUUGCCAAGACGACUAGUGGUCUUUGUUACUCAUCAUCACCAUGACCAUGUAGAUGGUAAGUCUUUCCUAGAAUAUAGCUGUUUAUAAGAAGCCAUUUCAUUUUGUUAUUUCUGAACUAAAUCUAAGUGAGCAACAAAAAGCAUCUAAGUUGAGGAUAUGAUCUAAUAUUUGUUAGCUCUGCACUCAAGUGUACCUCAUAAAUUAUCACCUUUUUUUUUUUCUAUUUUCUGAU